AAUUUCACUGCCUUCGAGUUGUGCUUGUGUUGUGUAUCACCUUGGUGAAUUAAUGUCGGCCUGUGGGUGAAAUGCGAUUGUGUUUGCGUGGAGGGUUGACAAGAAAUACUUGGUAAAAUGUAUGCAGAAGAGUCGAAUUGGAUCAUGGGACGAACGAACUACCUUUCAUUGUUAUUGUUGACGGAUGCUGACUCCUGGAAAUCACCGAUUAGCGAAUAAAUGUCCAAAUCAACACUGGGUCAUCAGAGAUACUGAGCCAACACAAUCAAGGACUUCCAAGCUCCUGAUUGAAAACGAUUUAAAAAAAAAAACUUUGUUUCAUUUCCUAUACUUUUUGUUGGUCAAUCCCAAAGGUUUAAUUUAGGAAUGUCUGCUGCAUAAACCUAUCAAUUAUUGACAUAUUUCAGUUCACCAGUUCAACCGUCUCAAUGGCGUUUUUAAUGAAAAAGAAGAGGUUUAAGUUUCAAAUCCAUUUUACAUUGGAGGAGCUCACAGCCGUGCCGUUUGUCAACGUGGUACUUUUCUGCAAGAUCCGAUUGUUGGACGGUGGGGACUUUGCCGUCUCAUCAUCCAGGGAGGAGGUUCAGCAGAACUGUGUUCGUUGGAAAAAGAAGUUCUCCUUCGUCUGUAAAAUGAGUGCCAAUCCUACCACUGGAGUCCUGGACCGAUGCAUCUGCAGGGUUUCUGUACGCAAGGAGCUUAAAGGAGGAAAGACGUUUUCAAAGCUGGGCUUUGCUGACCUCAACAUGGCGGAGUUUGCUGGCUCAGGCUCCACCGUGCACUGCUGUAUUCUCGAGGGCUACGACACCAAGAACACUCGACAGGAUAACUCCAUUCUCAAGGUAACUAUUGGAUUCACACUUUUGUCAGGAGAUCCCUGCUUUAAAACGCCCCCCAGCACUGCCAAGUCCGUCUCUAUCCCGGGCCAGGACCCCUCCCUGCAGCUGGACUGUAAGGGCGAGGGCACCGAUGCCAACUAUAACCCUCCCCCAGGGGGCGUCACCAGGACAUCAUCAGGACGGCCCCUCAAACCCAGACUCCCCUCAGCUCCCCUCAACUCUGGUCUACCUAGGGAGCAGUUGGAGCAGAACCUGUCCAGCCCAGAUGAAGUGUUUCACACAGGACACUCCCGGAACUCCAGCUACGCCAGCCAGCAGAGCAAGAUAUCAGGCUACAGCAUGGAACACUCUCGCUCCUCCAGCUUGACAGACCUCACCCACCGCCGCAAUGCCUCAACCAGCAGCAGUACCUCCGGGAGCCUGGGCACCCCUACCCAGACCCCCCACGUCUUCGCCCACCCCCUCGCAGCAGACCCCCAGACACCAGGAGAGCCAGGCACCAAGCCUGAGAGACCCAUACGGCCCCUACGCCCUGUCCUGCUCUCCAAUAGACCCUCCAGGAGGAAGAAGGACUCUGUGGAAAGCCACCCCACCUGGGUGGACGACACGCGCAUCGACGCCGACGACAUUGUGGACAAGAUCAUCCAGAGCCAGAACUUUGCUGAUGUCAACAACCACAAAGAAGACAGCAACCUCAGAUUGUUUGUCAGCAAAGAUGGGACUACAGCCCUGAGUGGGACACAGCUGGGAAACAGGGUGAUUGCUGGUGCCUUUGAGCCAGUAGUGAUCGAGAGCCACUAACGAUGAAGAUGGAUGGAUGUCAAAUCACUCUACCCCCCCUCCCUCCGUCUCACUCAUUCUCUCAGCUGGUGGGCAAAGGGUACAUGAGGGACACUGAAGACAACUCCACUGUUUUGAACUGUUUUGUGUGUGUGUGUAUGUAUGUGUGUGUGUGUGUGUGUGUGCACAAAUGCACAUACGACUGGCUUCCUUUUGAUAUACACCACUUCAACAAACACCACUAUACAACAGACAUUUAAUCAGACAUUUAAGCAGAUAUUUAAGGUGAUGUAGGUGGGAGGUGGGACGUAUGAAUAAUCCAUUAAUGUAGAAAAGCUUUUAAAUCGAUGCUUUCAUCUGGGGGACCGUAGGUGUAAAGUGUGCAAAGUACUUGAUAGAGAGAGAAAUGAAAAACAAUCGCAUCGUGGAAAUUGUAGUGCAACACUGAAAAUCAGGAAAUGGCAUUGGAGUCAAAUGUGGCUGCCUCAAGUUGGAACAUUAUGGUUUACCCUAUGUGUAUAAUUUUGUGUAUCAAUUCAAGUGAGGGGAGCGUGCUAAAGCCAAGAAAGAUGUGGAUAAAUUGAACAGACCAUUUUACACUAGGCUUCAAUGGGUGGUUUUCAAUGUGAAAUGUUCUAUUUUCGAUGAACCCCUUGCAAUCCUCAGAUUCCAGAACAACAGUACUAGACCUGGGGUCAAAGUUACUGUAUAGCCCAAAUAACCCAUGUUAUAGAAUUAUAAAGUUAUAGAAUGUUAUAGAAUAUAUGCAUAUAAAUAUGUAAUAUCACAAUAGAUAAUGUUUAUAUACGGACCUGAGAACGAGAAAUGUGUGCACAUAUGGCUGGCCAUAUGCAACUGUACAUACUGCCAUUGUCUAUGUGUGAUUCAUCAAUUACUCUCGGUAAAUGCAGGUAGGGUUGGUAAUUGAUUAGUCUACGCCCUUGGUCUUCUCCUCCCUUGGGUCUUUUACAUAGUCUGCUUUACGUCCUUAAAGUAAAAUACUAUCCUGAAGUUCACCAGCUGGCUUGGUGACUAUACUGUAAAAGUAGGAAAAUCAGACUCAACUUUUCUUGGUUCCUCUAUUUUUGUUGUUAGUCAUGUGUCUGUCUUAGGAUAUAUGGAUGGUGGGUUUCCCUGUACUGUUUUGUCCCUGGCCUGUCACUCAUCUGUCAUGUACGUCAGACCUAAUUGAUUUGAGUCACCACGCCCAUGACAUCAGUCCCUGUUCUCAAGGACAGGAGCUGUCCAUUACCAGGUUUCUGGGAUGAUUAUAAAACUCUUCUUGAGCUGCAAAAAAGCACUUUUGGAUCGGUGUUCUAAACAAACCAAUGUUUACAGUGUGACGCAUAUUAUUUCAAACUUGCUUUCUCGCUACAAGGGAAGAGUAUUGUUUUUUUUAAACCUGGUUACUGAUUUUGAUUGAAUUGGGGCCCAUAAUAUGUUGUUAAGUUACUGAAGUGGGGUACUAAAGUUAGCCAGCUAACUUCACAAUCCUUCUUUGUGAAAUACUUUCGAUGUGGCCUUGGCUAUAUGAGCUGUCCAACGGUUGCCGUUCCACUUAAGUCGCAAUAUCACCCGAGAUGUUGCCUCGUUAUCAAGCAAAAUCAACUUACAAGUGAAUAAGGGCUCUAAUGAUACAACUGACAGUAUCUGGUCAUCUUCUCCAAAAUGACCAAGCUAUUCUAUUUCCUGAGGGGAAAUGUAAUUUCAUUUCUGUCGCCCCCGGAUUUUGAAUGUGUCAGAAGAACAUUGCAUUGUAGGUAUGGUGUAGUCAGAGCCAAUCAGAGCCAAUGAGUCAGUCUCAUACAGCUGCCCCAUGUGGCACAAUGCACCUGGUGUGCACUGGCUAACAAUGGAGGGUUUUCAGAAGAAGCUCCACCCUCAACCCCAAAUGACAAUGUCCUUUUGUAUGCGUGCUUGUGCCUGUGUGCCUGCGCACGUCUUUGCGAGGGACGGAGAGGGAACGAGAAUGUGUGAGUUUGUGUGUAAACGUCUGCAUAUUGUGCGUGUGUAUGUCCGUGUGUGCAUGUGUGCGUCUGCCUGUGCACGCAUGUUUGUGCAUGUGUGUAUGUCUGUGCUGCAAAUGUAUGUGCGUGUGCAAGUCGAAUUGUUUAUGUGUGCUGAGAUCAAAACAGCUUGCCACUCGCCUGUCUUACGGUUCUUGACCCCUGAGUAUCCUUUCAGUUGACCUGAGUCCUCAGCAGGAAAACGAACGUAUUGCUUAGCCUGUCUUUUCGCCCUUAGUCUGCUCAUUUAAAAUGUCUUUCAAAGGAAAAAGUGAUCAUGGGCUUUUAUCUACACACAUGUAGCCUCAACAUACUGUAUCUUCCUAACAAGGAUGUGUUUUAUUUACACCAUGCCAGACAUUCAUAGCAUACUGAGAUUUGACAUUCAGAGGCAUAGAGAGAAAAUGUCCAAAAUCCUGGCCCUUGAAAAAUAAAAUUGGUAUUUUUGUGCUGUUGCAAUGUGCUUUUGUUUUUGUUUCACUCUCCAAUGUGCAUCAUUGUCGUUGUAGAUGUUGCUGUGCAUACUGUAUGGGUGUACUCUGUGUCCUUGAGAAAAAGGAAACAUUAAAUGCAUAAGCUAAA